AUGUUGUCGCAACCAGAUAUCAAUGCCCUGCUGCACAACAUGUGCAAAUCCCCUGCGGCAAACCCCUCGGUAGAGAAAAAGUUCAACAAGAAAGUUGAAGUCGUCGCUGACCCUGGUGCCUCCGAAGGAGACAGAGCGCAAUUUGCUGAAUGGUGGAUCAAACUCCAGAUUUGGGUUAAGGCAAACUGGGAUGCAUUUGCCAAUGACUUUGAGGUAGCCACUGCGGUGCUAUCUCAACUAAAAGGACCUGUGGUGGGUCAAUACGCCCAAGUUAGAUUACAGGAGUGCUACACCGCGGGAGUGUGGCCAACCUGGGACGAUCUCAAGAAAGAGAUCGAAAAAUAUUUUAAACCACAGGCUGAGCGUGACUGGGCAUGUCAGCAAAUGUGCUCCUUCAAACAAGGAAACAUGAGGACGGAUGAUUACGUUACCCGGUUCCUGGCCCUCUCCAUCCAAGGAGGGCUUGGAAAUGAACAUGCAGUAGAACUGCUGGAGCGCAAUGUGAACCCCCGCAUUGCAGAACAGAUCUACUUGCAGGAUACAAGAAACAAAAACCUGGCCCUGGCGGCUGAGGAAGCCGCUCAACAAAAAAAUAACCAAGGGCGCCAGGCGCGUCAAUUAGAGUCCGAGAAACUGGACAAUUGGCUUCAGACUCUGACCGGUCAUUCGUACGACGAAAUCCGGGCCUUCUUCUACGAUCAGCAGGCUGCUGAAAUGAAGGCUCAGGGAAAAGAGUUCAGAGCUUAG